AAAUCGCCACGGAGUGGCAAGGCGCGUGGUUCUUUUCCACGUUCGGAACGUUUUUCUCUCAAAUAUAAAAUUUAAAAGAUAAAUAAAAAAUUGUUGUAAAUAUUCCUUUUGGUUUGAAUAGGUAUUAGGUCGGCUUACAAAUCUGAAAACGAGAUUUAAAUUGAAAAUGUUUGGAACAAUCUUGUUUAUUAUGAUUUAAAAUUAAAUAUUUUUCUUUUCUAUUUGAAAGUGUUUUCGUGUAUAUUAUUUUUUUGGGUAAUUUAGUGGAAUUAUUGAAGUGACGAGUAGAAGUGAAUUUUGUAAAAUAUGGUUUAUUUUGUUAAACAAUUAUUUUUUAUUUGAUUUUAAGAAAUGGAGUCUUGUUUAUUGGUUAUUAAAAAAAGCAGAAUGAAGCGAUGCAAUGACAAAGGUGACAAGGAAAAUUGGUUUCCGGUGGAAGUUGAUGAUGUAAUGUCACCGGGCAGCAAAACUUCGGAUGAAGCUCUAAACGAUAUAUUGCUGGAAAAAUUAAAAAUUUGCAGUACUAAUAAGUUACAAGAAACUGGAGAAACACUCAGGUCUAUCGCAGCUAAAAUCCAUGCACGAGUUACGGCUUCUGAUCGAAAAACGAGGGAGCGAAUGCUGGAAAAAUUAUGGAGAAAGAACUCGGGUGCAAUGGAAAUCCUAAUAGCGACGCUCGAAAAUUGCAGAGAUAACGUCGCUAGCUGUAGUAUGCUUGGCAUUCUUCGUGAAUGCAUAUCGCCUAGAAUUCCAAAAACAAAAUCCAAGGCAUCAAAAAAUAAGAAUACACUAAGGACCAAUAGUAGAAUGGCACUUUCUCAAUUGAUCAAUAUGGGUGGUGCACAGUCUUUGAUAAAAUUAUUGAUGAAUUCUCAACACACGGAUGUCAUCAUGAUCGAGGUACUUGUGCAAGAAGUGCUCUGGAUAUUAGGUCAGAUUGCUCAAAAGGAUCAAAAGUUUGCUCUGAAGGUGAAGUCACUCAAUUCUUUGAAGCUCUUCCACUCUUUACUGAAACAACACUACAAUCAAACCAAAACUCUUUUACCCCUCUUACUCAUCUUCAAAAAUCUCGCUAAGAAUUGUGUAUCGCAACAAGCUUUAGUGAGAGAUGGCAUAGUUCAUACUUUGGAGAAGACUUUUGUUUACCUGGGUUAUUCACCCCAUAUGAAGCUUAGAACUUUAAUGGAAUGCUUCAAGUAUUUCACAGCAAGUAAGCUCUGUUGCACAAAGUUUGUAAAAAUUGGAAUUGUCCACCUAUUGAUGCGUUUGUUUGAGAGAUGGGAUAGAUUCGACGGACAGAUAAGACUAAAAAUCUGUAACAAUGCUCUCAACACUCUUCAGCAUCUGUGUGCUAUUAAAACUGGCAGAAAGGCUAUUAUAUCAAAUGGCGGACUGCAGCUACUUUACCGAUUUUGCACAAAUUGUCCAGAGGACAAAGUUUACGAUUGUCUUCUAUCCAGAGUUUGUGCCAUUAUAAACCAAUGUCUUGAAAAGAAGGAGCUUCCAGUACCCAAAGUUUCACCUGCCAGGUUUACAUUACCUGGAGCAAAUGUUAGAGCAAACAGCGUCGAUAGUGGAAGUGAUGCUGAAAGUCAGGUUAACAGUGUAAUUUCUGCUGGAGGAUCUUAUAGUGAUCUAGAAUCUGGAGAGGAGGCGGACAAUGUCUUAGGUAAUAUGGGAAAAUCCAACGGUGACGUGAUUGAUGAAAAUAAAUUUUUUGCUGGUGUUAUUACAUCUCAGAGGUCCGACGAUGAUCUUAUUGGCUAUAAUAUUUUCUUCAAAGAACUCGGAAGCUUCAAAAGUCAGUUGUCCCUUGCCCGAUCUUCCACAAAUGAAGAAGAUCAGGUACUAGAUACUCUGGAAGAAAAGCAGCGCCCUAAAUUAACUAAAUUGUGCAAACACAAAAACUCUAUUGAUUUAAUGAAACCCAGAUCUUCAAAAAACCUAUCCUCAAACUUAAGUACUGAACUCAGUUUGAAUAGACUGAAAACUUUUGAAGGGCUGACUACAAGCUUCACAGAUCAGCAUGCUUACUGUGCAAUAGCGACCAAAGUGAGAAGUGUCAUUGAGUUUGUUAAAGUUGCCUAUCCUGAUCUGGUGGGAGGUGAUGGUCUAGGGAAACUAGAACCCCUGAAUAGCAAAGAUAGACAAGUUUGUCGAUCCAAACUUCUGACCUGCGUUGAUCGAGGUCUUCAUCCAAGUAGUACGAUGCAGGAAACUGUUUUUGAUCUUGAUGCUCUGACGAACAAUCAUUCCUGUCAAUCAACUCAAACUGAUGAACGUCUCCUUUGUAAUUGGGAUGAACUUCGGGUUGGCAAGAGGGGCAAUGAUUCUAGGCAAUUACAAUUUGAAUCAAGGUUCGAGAGUGGAAAUCUCCGGAAAGUAAUUCAGAUAGGACCAAGAGAAUACGACCUCAUCCUAACUCCAGACGUUAAUAGUGGGUCGAGGCAUCAGUGGUUUUACUUCGAAGUAUCCAAUAUGGAAGCUAAUAUAUCUUAUACUUUUAACAUCGUCAACUGUGAAAAGGCCAACUCCCAGUUCAAUUUUGGGAUGAAGCCAAUCCUCUUUAGUGUGAUUGAAGCCCAAUUAGGAAGGUCAGGAUGGGUUCGAACUGGAACUGAUAUCUGCUACUACAGGAAUUGUUAUCAGAGGCCAGGGAAAGGAAAAAAUUAUUUGACAACUUCCUUCACAGUGACUUUUCCUCAUGGUUACGAUGUAUGCUACUUGGCUUACCAUUUUCCGUACACUUACAGUCAGCUAAUGACUAAUAUUUGGAAGUGGAUGAAAAGCACAGACACUGCUAAAUUGUAUUUUAGGGCAGUAAAUCUUUGUGAUAGCCUGAAUGGUAACGAAAAUCCUCUUUUGACUAUCACGGCACCUAAUUCAGUCAGGAAUCCCAUACAGGAUCGAAAAAUAAUUUUUCUGACUUCAAGAGUGCAUCCUGGUGAAAGUAAUGCAUCUUGGGUGAUGAGAGGUACCUUAGAAGCUCUUCUAGGCAAUUCUACAUAUGCUUCCAGCCUCAGGGAUGAUUAUGUGUUCAAAGUUGUACCAAUGCUGAAUAACGAAGGUGUUAUCAAUGGCUGUAAUCGGUAUGGUUUGACGAAUGAGGAUCUCAACAGACGUUGGAGUAAUCCGAAUCAGACACUGCAUCCAAUAAUUUAUCACACAAAGGGAUUAAUGGAAUAUUGUGCCAGAGUAUUGUUUCGGCCACCUCAUAUCUUUGUGGACUAUCAUGGACACUCGCGUAGGAAAAACGUAUUUCUAUUCGGAUGUUCAAGGUCUGGAUCCUGGAGUGCCGUCGACAGAGCAAAACCGGAUCAACCGGUGCAAUAUUUGAUGCUGCCAUAUUUGAUGCAAAAAACGUCUCCUGCCUUCGCAUUACCCCUCUGCUCAUUUAAAGUGGAACGACAUAAGGAAUCAACUGCCAGGGUAGCUAUUUGGCGUCAAUUAGGAGUAUCGAGGAGUUAUACAAUGGAAAGCAGUUUUUGUGGCUGUGACCAGGGCCCUUUAGCUGGAUUUCACCUGGAUACAAAAAAUCUCCGAGAUAUCGGGCAAGAUUUUUGUCAAGCUCUUUCCAUCAUGAAGAAGGGUGGGGAAGAUUGGACUAUUGAUAAGUCAGAGGAGGAGCACUGUUGUCCAUUAAAGUGUAUUUUGAAAUUAUCUAAGAAGUCCAGAAAAUGUAUCCAGGACAAACACGCUAAGCAACACAUUUUAGGGAUUCCUUAAUGUUUGUUCUUCAAGCGAAAAGCUUGAUUUUUAGGAUUCCCAUGGAAGACUCCAAUGUCGAAGAAGGUGGCUGUAUUGGAGACAAUGUUACUUCUAGUUCUGAGUCUGAAGAAUCUGAUUAUAAUGAUUAAGUUACUCCAAUUCCACGAUAAACUGGAUUUGAAAAUUAAUAUUUUGAAAAACAUAAUUUUCAGUUCUAAAAUAUAAUUUAUGAACAAAGAAUCCAAUUGUGCUAGAAAAAAAUUAAAGUUAAUAAGUGCAUUCUAAAAUACUAAAAUAAUGUUGAAAAAUUUAUAGUACUGGAUAUAUUUUAUAUUUGCAAUGUUCAAAAUUAUAAGACGGUUAAGGGUCAUACAGACUAUAAAAAAUCAGUCAUAUUUAAACAAUGUUAUUGAGAUAAGAUGUUCCUUUACGGACCGUACUUAAUUUUUUGUUUAAAAUUCAUAUUUUUUUACUGACAAGUCAACUAAAA